AUGUGUGGAAAAAGUUUGACGUUUUGGUAUUGCGCAUUUUUUCUUCUCAUCGCUUUGUCAGCGAAACUUCAACAAAAUUUCACUGACAAUGAAGAGAAAAAUGAUAAUUUGGCAGUACGAUACGAGAUAGACGCGCAUUCUACGACAAACUAUGGCGACGAAAUGAAAACACUGCUAUAUGAUUCGUACAAAAAAUCUACCAAUAAUACGCAGUACGAAGAUAUGCAGUAUGAAUCUCGCACCACUUCCACGAGCAGCGAGGAUGAUGACUCGAUACAAUUUAAACUCAGUACGCAUUCCAUACAGAAUCAUGAAGAUGAUAAGCAAAUACCGAUGGAAUCUUGCACGAAUUCAACAAAUGCCAACCAUAAAAGCAACUUCACGUCACACGAAAUUUAUGGAAACUUGAUGAGCAUAGAAGACAAAAACGAUUCUACGUCGCACGAGUUCUCCGAAAACUCCAGUAAAGAUAACAGUAUAAGUAACAUCAUUCCAUACGAAAUGUGCUUCAAUAUUACUUGCAUUCCGCUAUGCUGCCCUCUCGGUGAUCGUCUACUUGAUGAUGAAUGCCUUUCUGAAGAAAAUAAAUACAUCUUACCAUAUGUGUACGGAUACACGAACGAUUCGUUGCAGAACGAAAAUAAGACAGUGGACGAAUUGUUUCCGCUGGUCGUCUAUGAUCCGUGCAAGGAUGAAGGUCGUUUUUGGAGUUCCGAUUACAUAUUUUUUGCCAAUGGUUCUCUCUAUUUAUCUUAUUAUGAAAUAUUUGCCAAAUCGACAUCAUAUUGUCUCGCUGUGGUCGAGGAUGAGUACGCAAUGACUUACUGUUCAGAAAUUUAUAAAAUGAUGAUGGAGUAUGAAGAAAAUGUUGAAGAUGUUAAAUAUUAUGUUAUCAUAAAUAUAAGCUCUAAUAUAGUGUCUAUAUUACUUUUGAUAUCAUUAUUUUUAGUAUAUUCUAUAUUGCCAGAGCUCCGGAAUGUACACGGCUUCAUGUUGCGCAAUUUCAGCGGUGCAUGUUUUAUCGCAUACAUAUUUAACAUUGUGCACAUUCUAAUUGUAGCGGAUGCUGUACAUUAUUCAGUCUGUAUUACAAUCGCUUUUUUUACCUACUUUUGUUUUUUGGCAAGCUCUUUCUGGCUAAUUAUAAUGAGUUUCGACAUGUGGUGGACAUUUAGAGGAUUUUGUUCGUUACAAAGAAACGUCAGACAACAAGACAAAAGAAAACUGUUGUUUUAUACAAUCUUUGCGUGGGGUUUAUCCCUUAUCUUCGCUAUUAUCACUGUCAUUAUGGAUUCUGUUUCUGAAUAUUUGCCGGAGAUUUUACGACCGAAAUUUCGCGAAGGAAAUUGCUGGUUCCUUGAUCCUAAAUCUCAUAUGUUGUAUUUUCACGGGCUCCAAAGUAUCUGCGUCAUUAGUAGCAUUUGCUUAUCCAUCUCUACGGCAUUGAAGAUCGCGCGUUACGGAAAGGAAAUAGACAAUUGUUUGACAGAUUCGGAACGCAAGAGAUAUAAUGACAGUAAGAAAUGGUUCAAUCUAUAUCUAAAGCUAUUUAUCCUGCUGUUUAUCAUAAUGGGAAUAUAUUUGUCCAUAAACACAAUCAUUUGGUGUCGCGACGCUACCGCGUAGCUUGAUUAUAUCAUAUAUUCUAUUAUUUUGAUAAGGAUUCUGCAGAAUCUCUGCUUUUUUAUUAUCUUUGUGUGGAAAAAGCACAUCUUGCGGAUGUUAUUGAAGCGAUUCGGAUGCGGUUUAUUUCCAGAAAAUUCAUGCGCAACAAAUGCAACAUCAUCGAGUACUUCGACGUGCACCACUACAUUAGAAAAGCUGCCAAUGCAGAAAAAGAUGAGUUUUUGCAAACAAAGAGACGAGAAAGAUUCGUCCGGUGAGACUGAACUCUAAUGCUGCAAUGCGCAAAAAAAAAAUUUUUUCGCAGAACAAGAUUACAUACACACACAUACACACACGCAUGCACGCACACACACACGCACACAAACAUUCACGCACGCAGGCACACAAACGGUUUAUUAACAAUUAAUUAUAAUCUCCUAAUUUUUAAAAAUUAACUAUACAAUAUUAGAUAUUGGCUUUUUUUUUCUUUAAUAAGCUUAGCUCAAGAUUUCACGCAAAAAAUGUAUUCUUUAUUAUCUUAUUAUUAUUUAGUAAUUUUUUUCUAAAUUUACUUAAGCUCUAUUUAAUACUUAAUGGUCAAAAAAAUAUACGUAAAUUUCUAAAUUUUCAGCGUUUUAUCAGCGCUACUUAUAAAGUUAUUAUUAAGUUUUAUUAUUUGCUUUGUAAGGCUCUAUCUCUCAUGGAAUUUUUAUAAAAUAAUAUAAUUAAUGUCAUAUU